AUGCCUUCAAUCCUAGCCUCUCUUAAGGACCUAUUCACAUCAGUCUUUGAAGUGAUAUUUUCCGUGUUCCAAAGUGCCUUUGAUACGAUUACCGGUCUACUCACCUGGAUAGUCAACUUCCUGGUUGGCACUGUGCAGAUGGCACUGCACACCGUCGGAGAAACCCUCAAGGCUGCAGGUGGACUGGGAAAUUUGAUCGCCAGCAACAUCGUUCUUAUCGCCCUUGUCGCGGGUGGUAUUUACGGCUAUGUGCGCUAUCAAAGCCGCCAAGGACAUCCCGUCCGGGUUGGAAAUAAAAAGCUGAACUAG